UUGGCUUCGCCUCUUCACAUCUGGAAGGGGAGGGGCAACCGGGUCGAUCCAGCGACAAGACGGGAAGUGGAUGAACUUGCGACAGUAAACAAGAUAUUUACAGUACGUAAUGGCCUGAUUUUGAAACCCAUCACCAAUAUCCAACAUGGGGAGGGAAAGGAAGUGCAUUCUCUGUCAGAUCGUUUACAGCUCCAAACAGGAGAUGGAUGAGCAUAUGAAGAGUAUGCUGCAUCAUCGUGAACUGGAGAACCUUAAGGGCCGGGACUGCGGCCAUGAGUGCCGGGUGUGCCGGGUGACCAUGGUGAGCCUAACGGACUACGCCAACCACAUAUCCAGCAGGGUGCACAAGCAGCGUGUGGAAACGGCGGAACGGGAGGGUGCCGGGAACGACCAGGAAGAGGAGUACUUCGACAAGGACCUGGUCAAACUGAUCGAGACCCGGAAGGAAGUGAUCAGGAGAGAGGAGGAGGCUGCAGCAAAGCGUGCCAGAGAGGAGGAGGUGCAGAGGAGAGAGGAAGAGGAGAGUAGGAAACGGCAGCAACAGAUCCAGCAGUGGAGUGACGCACGGCAAUACUUCUGCCAGAAGGGGGCGUUGUGGGACUGGAGAUACCUCAACAAAACCCCUCCAACACCACCACCUCGAAAAUGCAAAGGGUCUGCCUGGCAGGGGGGCUGGGAUUGCAGCUCGAACCCCGUUGGGGGUCGAGAUCCCUGGGAGACCCAGGAGGACAUCAGGUCUAACUGGCACGACAGGAAACAGGGCCGCAGUGCCACCUGGCACGCCCAGGAAACACCCAACGUCUACAAGUGGAGCGCUGGACAGAGAGGCAGUGGCAGCCUGCACAGCAGGGAGGGAACCAAUAAGAAAUGGCAGCAGGAGGAGUAUCUCCAUCCCCCGGCACAGCAGCAGAGAGGAGGGAGGGGACCCUGGCAGCAGAACAGCAGAGGAGGAGGGACUACCAGUCUAUACGGCAGCAGCAGAGGGGGUAACGGACUUCCUGGUGUGCUCGCUGAGCCUGUCAUGACGGAAGGGCUGAGCAGCAUAGAGUCUCUUCACAGGAUGGACUUCACCAGCGACCAGCUGGAUCCAGUCGUGUCCUUCGACCAGCUACACCGAGACGCUCACUUUAAAGCGCAGGAUGACGGCAGGAAGGGUGGCCACCAGAUCCAGGAACGGCCAGCCGGUGGAGCAGAACAUGAUCGUAAAAGCGGCACGGGGCCCAAGGCGUUCGGUAGUAAUCCUAAACUAGACAAGACCUGUCGCUGGUCCCCUUAUCCGUCCCAUAAGGAGACUCACCCACACCCUCAUCCUCACCCCCACCCCCACCCUCACCCCUCAGAGAAGCACCCAAAGGGUCCUCCUCCUCCCCCAACCUUCCAGAUCCCCCAGAUCCCUUCGGCCCAGGGCAGAGAUGUUGACCUGAGGCCCAGACGUGACAUAACGCUGGCCCUCCAACACUCCUCGGGUCUCCAGCCGACUCAGUCCAGACGGGACCUGCGAGCAGGACAGCAGAGAGCAGCACAGCAUCAGAGGUCCCCUGAUCACAGUGUCGAAGGGAGGGAACCCAGGAAGCAUAGAGACAUCUCUACAAGGAUGAGUAGUAGUGAUACCAGCAAUUGUCUGAGCUCCUCUAAGAGCAACAGUCUGAGGACAGACGGACAAACCACCUCCUCCUCCUCUUCCUCUGUGUCUACCUCCACCAGACGGAGGCCAGCUAAGCCAUCAGAGUGCCUUGAGAAAGGCCUGUCCUCCUCUUCUACUACCAGCCCCAAGACCCACCUCAGUAGGGCCUCCAGCCCCACCCUAACCCAAGGCCCCAAGACCCACCUCAGUAGGGCCUCCACCCCCACCCUAACCCAAGGCCCCAAGACCCACCUGGGUAGGGCCUCCAGCCCCACCCUAACCCAAGGCCCCAAGACCCACCUCGGUAGGGCCUCCAGCCCCACCCUCAACCUAACCCAAGGCCCCAAGACCCACCUCAGUAGGGCCUCCAGCCCCACCCUAACCCAAGGCCCCAAGACCCACCUCGGUAGGGCCUCCAGCCCCACCCUCAACCUAACCCAAGGCCCCAAGACCCACCUGGGUAGGGCCUCCAGCCCCACCCUAACCCAAGGCCCCAAGACCCACCUGGGUAGGGCCUCCAGCCCCACCCUAACCCAAGGCCCCAAGACCCACCUGGGUAGGGCCUCCAGCCCCACCCUCAACCUAACCCAAGGCCCCAAGACCCACCUGGGUAGGGCCUCCAGCCCCACCCUAACCCAAGGCCCCAAGACCCACCUGGGUAGGGCCUCCAGCCCCACCCUAACCCAAGGCCCCAAGACCCACCUGGGUAGGGCCUCCAGCCCCACCCUAACCCAAGGCCCCAAGACCCACCUGGGUAGGGCCUCCAGCCCCACCCUAACCCAAGGCCCCAAGACCCACCUGGGUAGGGCCUCCAGCCCCACCCUAACCCAAGGCCCCAAGACCCACCUCGGUAGGGCCUCCAGCCCCACCCUAACCCAAGGCCCCAAGACCCACCUCGGUAGGGCCUCCAGCCCCACCCUCAACCUAACCCAAGGCCCCAAGACCCACCUGGGUAGGGCCUCCAGCCCCACCCUAACCCAAGGCCCCAAGGCCCAUCUGGGUAGGGCCUCCAGCCCCACCCUAACCCAAGGCCCCAAGACCCACCUCGGUAGAGCCUCCAGCCCCACCCUCAACCUAACCCCCAGCCCCAAGACCCACCUCAGUAGGGCCUCCAGCCCUAGCCCCUCUACCACCCCCAGGACCCAGCUGAGCCGAGCCUCCAGCCAGGACUCGGACCAGCCCAGGUUGUCCAGACACAGAAGCCAGGAUUUGGGGAGGAGGCAGGGAUCAAAGUCCCCCCAGCAGGACCAGGAGCAGCUGCUGACCGAGAUGCUGAGGAGAGCCAAGGAGACACUGCUAGACAAGAGGUGCACCGUGGGGCUGUCUGCUGUUCACCACAGGACAGAGGGACAGAAGACGGAGUCCAACGACCAUAGGAUGGAGAAAAAGGAGAAGAAGAUGGCGCUACACAUCGAGGAACAACAACAGCAGCAGCAGGUGGAGAGCUCUGAAGGCGUUAAGGUUGGAGACGACGACAGACAGAAGAGAGGGAAGACGUCUAGACAGACCCGACAGGACAGAGCUAGCAGCAGAGCUAACCCAGCUGAGGACAGAGCUGCUGCUAAUGAGCCUUUGGAGACCACGAUGGAGUGUGUGACAUCUCCCUCAGACAACCACCUGUCUGUUCAGUCUGUCCAGGUCAGCACUUCCACCAUGGAGUCCCCAGGGGGGGCUGUGCUCUCUCUCUCUCCCAGGGAGGAGGAGGCGGCGGCGGCGGUGGGGGAGAGGGAGGAGGCGAGGGGCAUGGUGGCUGGUGCUGGAGAGGAGGCCAUGGAAGUAGCAGGCGCAGGGCUAUGGUCAGACAGUGACCCCUUGAGAACCAUCGACCCUAACCUUGACCUCCACACGACCUCUGACCCCUCCUCAGGCUCCACCCAGACCAAACCCACCCUACCCUUAGCCCUGAAGAGGGACCUCACCCGACACAUUGGCUCCAAGACCAAGAGCGGCAGCCACGAGCCCAAUCUGAACAUCGCCCGGCGGAUAAGGAAUGUGAGCGGGACGAGGCGAGGGGAGGCGGAGAAGGAUUCGGGGCUGAAGCCGACGUUAAGACAGCUCAUCAGUUCCUCGGGGUCACGUCGCUGUGUCAACUGGGACCAGGUGUACCAGGAAGUCCACAGGAAGAAGCAGCAGCAGGGGAAAGGCAUGCCCAGGUUCGGUAUAGAGAUGGUGUCAUGUGACCAGGAAGGGGAAGACAUUCCUCCGACCGAGGGGUUUCAGUGGGAGACCCUCUUCGGCAUCGGAGCCUCUGGAACGGCCCUCGCCCCCGUGACUCCUCGCAAACGCAGCCUCUCGGAGAGCAGCGUGGCUCCGGACCGCUCGACCGCCAACCUCUCCUCUCUCUUCGGGGGUCAGAGCCCUGGUCAGGCGAUGCCAGGAGAGAGAGCACCCGGAGAUGUGACGGCUGGAAGGGAAGUGAGACGCAGCUCAGAGCAGAAAAGCUCCUCGUUCUUCAGAGACCCCCAGCAGCCUAAGGUGGAGGGGACACAGUGCGAGGACAAAGCACAGAGAGAAGUCCAGGGGGCACUACCGGAUGGGCCACCAGGGGUCCAGCCGAGACCUGACUCCGUGAUUGGGGACAGCAGCUCGGGGACGGAGCAGACAGACACGCAGGGAGCCAGGAUGAAACGACGUGCAGCUGGGGACGUUCCAUGCCCUGAAAUCCCUCAUUCAGAGAGGAAGACUAAAAGACUGAAGGUCAAGUCCAAGAAAGAGCGUCUGCAGGUGGACCAUCUCCUUGCUGUGUCUCUGAGAGAGGAGGAUCUGAGCCGGUCUCUACAAGGGGUCGACAACAGCCUGAUCCAGGCCAGGGCUGCUCUACAGGCUGCCUACAUGGAUGUCCAGCGCCUCCUAGUGGUCAAACAGCAGGUUUCCAUGGAGAUGAGUACUCUCAGAAGGAAGCGUAUUGAGCUGCUCCAAGGAAUACAAGGUGGUGUUGACAGCCAGUCCCUGCCCAGAGUGAAGAGCUGUGAAGAGGAGAUGCCUUUAGAGAUGUCCCCCUACCUGCUGUCGCCUCUAACAGAAGCCCCUGUCCCCAGUCCUAACCUGGUUCCCCUCUACCUCCCCCCCUGCUCCACGCCCCCCUCCCUGUCCCCGAGCCACCAGACCCACCCCCAGCCUGUCACACAGUCAGUAGUUAUCAAGCAGGAGCCCCUGUCCCCUGGUAGGGUGACCACUGAGGCGGAGGUUGCGGAGAGCGCAGUCACAGUCCGCCGGCGAGUUCACCACGGUCCUCACAGCACCACGCCAGAGCCCACGCCCAUCCCUACAGCCCCUCACACAGAUUGUGCCCUCAGCUGCCAACCGGUCAGAGGGAGGAAGUCUGAGCAUCACAGAGCCAGCAGAGAGCUCUCUCAAGAGGACAGCAGCCUACCCGUAGGAGAAUGUGUAGAAUGGAAGGACCCCUCAGCAGGUUCACCGGGCCUGGUCCAGUCGGGAGAGAGGGGUGUCCAGGUUACUACAGAAGACAGGGGUAACUUCAAGCCCCACCCAGCCCCCCUGUCAGGCCCAUCCAGCCGCAAGAGCUCCAGAGCCGGGGUCCAGGACCUAGAAACAUCCUCCGUUCUUCCUCCGUCCCUCGCUCCGUCCAUCGCUCCGCCUCAAGUGGAGGUGAAGACCAUAAAGCGCGUGAGGAAGUUGAAGAAGAAGAGGGUGCUGAGGAAGGCCAAGGGGGAGGAGCAACAGCUUGACAACAGCGACACAGAACUGGAGGCGGAGAUGACCUUCUCCCGACCCGUCAGACUCCUCGGCGCUCGCAGGAAACCCGGCGGGGGAUUCCGACCCCAGGUCACCACAUCCUCCUCCACAUCCACCUCCAGCCCGCCCGGAACAUCAGAGGACAGGGGAGAGCUUCCAGGACCACUAGGUUCUCUAGCCACUAGACCUGAGGAGAGGCAGGAGGACUCUGAUUCCUCUCUGGAGAUGGUCGUUCUCCCCCAGGCAGCUCCAGCUGAGGUGGUCACCAUAGACACCUCGGGUCCAGAGGAUGGAGACAUGGCUAUCUGCGUCGUUGCCUGUCCACGGCCACAGCCCACUGUCUCAAUCCCAGCCCCAGACACACCGAAGACAGAGCCCCAGAAGCUGGCCUGCAACGAGGUGACUUCCACCAGCGAGAUGGAUAGUAGCUCUGUAGUCAAGAGUGAAGUCCAGCUGCCCCCGACAUCUGUCAAGCUGUCCAAGACUUCCUCAGAUCUGUCUCUAGACGGGUCGUCGGAGCCCGGGGGGGAUGAUCUGCCGUCUGAGGGGAUGUUUGAGGGUCACCAGGAGACUGUUAAUGCCAUGCAGGUCCACAUGGGUCUCCUCUAUACCUGUUCUGGAGAUCGCACUGUUAGAGCCUUCAGCCUGGUGAGCCGCGAGUGUGUGGCUGUGUUUGAGGGCCACAGCACCAAGAUCAACUGUUUGCUGGUUUCUUCUGGACCAGGUCUACAACAUCGCCUUUACUCUGGCUCUAGUGACCAGACUAUACGCUGCUACAACCUCAGGUCCAGGGAGUGUGUGGAUCAGUUCUCUCUCCCAGACCGGGUUCUUUGCCUCCACAACCGCUGGAAAGUUCUGUACGCUGGCCUAGCUAACGGCUCCGUGGUCACCUUCAGCCUCAAGACCAAUAAACAGCUGGAUGUGUUCGAGUGUCACGGGCCGCGGGCGGUGAGUUGCCUAGCGACAGCCCAGGAAGGAGCUCGCCGCGUCCUAUUGGUCGGGUCCUACGACAGCACCAUUAGCAUCCGGGAUGCCAAGAGUGGCCUGUUGCUACGGACUCUAAAGGGACACACCAAGACAGUACUAUGUAUGAAGGUUGUCAAUGACCUGGUCUUCAGUGGCUCCAGCGACCAGUCGGUCCAUGCACACAAUAUACACACCGGAGUGUUGGUGCGUGUCUAUAAAGGACACAGUCAUGCUGUCACAGUAGUGGACAUCCUGGGGAAGGUGAUGAUCACUGCCUGUCUUGACAAACUGGUCCGCGUCUACGAUCUACAGUCACAUGAUCGUCUGCAGGUGUACGGCGGACACACAGACAUGGUGAUGUGUAUGACUGUCCACAAGAGUAUGAUCUACACUGGUUGCUAUGACGGCAGUGUGCAGGCGGUCAAACUGAACCUGAUCCAGAACUAUCACUGCCGGUGGCAUGGCUGUUCUCUGAUCUUUGGAGUAUUGGAGCACGUUCAGCAGCACCUGCUCCAAGACCACGCCUCUCCCAACACACAGAACCUCAAGUGUCGAUGGAAGGACUGCGAUGAGUAUUUCGCCGCUCGCAACGGCUCCAAGCAGGGGGCUCCAAAGCACAUGCUGCAACAUGUGGAGGAGGAGUGGUGUAAACCAGCCCAACCCUGAGGGAGUCUGGGGUGGACCAGCCCAACCCCGAAGGGAGUCUGGGGUGGACCAGCCCAACCCCGAAGGGAGUCUGGGGUGGACCAGCCCAACCCCGAAGGGAGUCUGGGGUGGACCAGCCCAACCCCGAAGGGAGUCUGGGGUGGACCAGCCCAACCCCGAAGGGAGUCUGGGGUGGACCAGCCCAACCCCGAAGGGAGUCUCACGCUCCUGACCCCCCCCCCCCCUCCCAUAUUGGGGCAACCCAGUCUAUAAGGUCACCUGGUUGAACCAGUCUGAAUGAUGAGCGUAUCGUUGAAACGGCGGGGUGGGGUGAUUCAGCUUGAUGCCAGGUGACUACUAGCCUGAAAACCAGACCUGUUUGGUGCUAACGUUCCACUUCUUGCCAAUGUUAGGCAUUUGACGAGGAGUGGCAAUGAGUGAAAUGAUAGCACAAAACCGAGUGGUAUCCAGGCUAAGGUGACCAUCCAUACCAGAGAAUAAUGAUGAUGAAUCUGUGGUUUUGUUAUGAAAGGAGAGAUGUGUUCUAGUUAUUUUAUCCAACACAUCUCUUCCUCUCCAUGGUUCUCUCAUGAAUACAUGAACACUGCUUAAUGUCAGUUGCUUGAACCACUGACCAAAUAAGACAAAGGAACACAGGACUGACUAUUUACCAAGCAAAGAAACCAGGUCUGUAAGAUCCAUUGUUAUGUUUUCUAUUCAAACACAUUUUAAACAUUAAUCCAACCCUCAGUUUUAUAAAGACAAUGUUUGCCACUGUAUGUCUUGUUGUGUUUGGAGGGACGUCGGGAUGCUCGUGUCUUGUUGUGUUUGGAGAGACGUCGGGAUGAUAGUGUCUUGUUGUGUUUGGAGAGACGUCGGGAUGCUCGUAUCUUGUUGUGUUCGGAGAGACGUCGGGAUGCUCGUAUCUUGUUGUGUUCGGAGAGACGUCGAGAUGCUCGUGUCUUGUUGUGUUUGGAGGGACGUCGAGAUGCUCGUGUCUUGUUGUGUUUGGAGGGACGUCGGGAUGCUUGUAUCUUGUUGUGUUUGGAGAGACGUCGGGAUGCUCGUAUCUUGUUGUGUUUGGAGAGACGUCGGGAUGCUCGUAUCUUGAUGUGUUUGGAGGGACGUCGGGAUGCUUGUAUCUUGUUGUGUUUGGAGGGACGUCGGGAUGCUCGUAUCUUGUUGUGUUUGGAGAGACGUCGGGAUGCUCGUAUCUUGUUGUGUUUGGAGGGACGUCGGGAUGCUCGUGUCUUGUUGUGUUUGGAGGGACGUCGGGAUGCUCGUAUCUUGUUGUGUAUGGGGUGACGUCGGGAUGCUCGUAUCUUGUUGUGUUUGGGGUGACGUCGGGAUGCUCGUGUCUUGUUGUGUUUGGAGGGACGUCGGGAUGCUCGUAUCUUGUUGUGUUUGGAGAGACGUCGGUGGAGGGACGUCGGGAUGCUCGUAUCUUGUUGUGUAUGGGGUGACGUCGGGAUGCUCGUAUCUUGUUGUGUUUGGGGUGACGUCGGGAUGCUCGUGUCUUGUUGUGUUUGGAGGGACGUCGGGAUGCUCGUAUCUUGUUGUGUUUGGGGUGACGUCGGGAUGCUCGUGUCUUGUUGUGUUUGGAGGGACGUCGGGAUGCUCGUGUCUUGUUGUGUUUGGAGGGACGUCGGGAUGCUCGUAUCUUGUUGUGUAUGGGGUGACGUCGGGAUGCUCGUAUCUUGUUGUGUUUGGAGGGACGUCGGGAUGCUCGUGUCUUGUUGUGUUUGGAGGGACGUCAGGAUGCUCGUAUCUUGUUGUGUUUGGAGGGACGUCGGGAUGCUCGUAUCUUGUUGUGUUUGGAGAGACGUCGGGAUGAUAGUGUCUUGUUGUGUUUGGAGAGACGUCGGGAUGCUCGUGUCUUGUUGUGUUUGGAGGGACGUCAGGAUGCUCGUAUCUUGUUGUGUUUGGAGGGACGUCGGGAUGCUCGUAUCUUGUUGUGACUCUUCUCUUGGUUUGUUUUUGUCACAACCUCUUUGGAGACAGCUGUGAUUCACUCAUUCAUCAGACUUGGCUAGCUUUAAUGAUGUCAUGGACUUAAUGUUUUCUGGGACAUAUUUCAGUGCAAUGCAGUGUAAUUUCAGGCGUUUUAAGAAGUAAAAUUAGUUUUUUUUUUUUUAAAUGGUCUGUUUUUGAGAGUGAUGUCUCAUUUUGAUAAUCUUGUCACUAGAUCACCCCCUCACUACCAUGUCUUUUAUUUUAACAGGGGUCUUGAUCUUUUUCUUUCUGGCGUUGAGUGUGGUUGGUUCUUGAUAUUUUGGUGUUUGUUGAAGGACAGUGUAAAGUGUCUGAGAUUGCCAUUUGAAAAUGUGGUUUUGCGGUGAUGAGGAACUGAGAGACAUAAUAGUGUGUGUUCUAGUGUCGGUUCUAGAAUGUGCUCUGGUGUCGGUUCUAGAAUGUGCUCUGGUGUCGGUUCUAGAAUGUGUUCUAGAAUGUGCUCUGGUGUCGGUUCUAGAAUGUGUUCUAGUGUCGGUUCUAGAAUGUACUCUAGUGUCGGUUCUAGAAUGUGCUCUGGUGUCGGUUCUAGAAUGUGUUCUGGUGUCGGUUCUAGAAUGUGCUCUAGUGUCGGUUCUAGAAUGUACUCUGGUGUCGGUUCUAGAAUGUGUUCUAGUGUCGGUUCUAGAAUGUGCUCUGGUGUCGGUUCUAGAAUGUGCUCUGGUGUCGGUUCUAGAAUGUGUUCUAGAAUGUGCUCUGGUGUCGGUUCUAGAAUGUGUUCUAGUGUCGGUUCUAGAAUGUGCUCUGGUGUCGGUUCUAGAAUGUGUUCUGGUGUCGGUUCUAGAAUGUGCUCUAGUGUCGGUUCUAGAAUGUACUCUGGUGUCGGUUCUAGAAUGUGUUCUAGUGUCGGUUCUAGAAUGUGCUCUGGUGUCGGUUCUAGAAUGUGCUCUGGUGUCGGUUCUAGUGUUGGUUCACUGUGUUCCUAUGCGUGAACAGGGGUUUAUGAUGAGCGUAGUUAAUUUGUCUUCAUCAUUAAAGACAGACGUGAGAGAAAUUCAAAAGAAUCACUGUUUGUUAGUUUUUUUUUCCUGAAUGAGUGAGUUUGUACUUACCAGUAAUUGUUGGAUAUUGCUGUGCAUCUUUUGUGGAACUCUUACAGUAUAUGGGUGUUUGUUUAUCUAUUCCACAGUAAGUAAGGGUUUUGUUUUGAAACACGGCCGAGAGAUGAAGAUGGUAUAGAGACGGUGUGUUGAGGGGUUGAAGAGCCCAGAGGAACCGAAUGAGGAUCCACCUCCCAUGCCAUACCUCAACCCCCUGUUGACACACACACACACACACACACACACACACACACACACA